AUAUUAUCCACGCGUGCUAUACAUUGACAUUGAUAUUCAUCACGGAGAUGGCGUUCAAGAAGCGUUCUACACAACGGACCGCGUAAUGACAGUUUCUUUUCACAAAUACGACGGCGAAUAUUUUCCCGGUACUGGCGACCUCAAUGAAAUAGGCUGUGGCCUUGGUAAAUACUUUUGCGUCAACGUUCCCCUCAAAGAUGGAGUUGAUGAUGACAGCUAUGUGACACUUUUCAAAGAUGUGAUGACCCAAGUCAAUGAACGUUAUAAACCAUCAACGGUUGUGCUUCAAUGUGGCGCAGACUCAUUAGGGCUCGACAGACUCGGAGCGUUCAAUCUGUCAAUUAGGGCUCACGGAGAAUGUGUACGGUUUAUCAAAUCUUGGGGAUUGCCUUUGCUAGUGCUUGGCGGCGGCGGGUAUACUAUUCAGAACGUUGCUAGAUGCUGGACUUAUGAGACGAGUAUUUUGGUCGAUGCUGAAUUACCAGACGAGAUACCGGCGAAUAGCAGAUGGUUGCCAGUAUUUAUGCCCGAUUUCAAAUUGCAUCCGGAUUUGGUGCGUAAGAUGGAUAAUCAAAAUACAAAAAAUGAUUUGGGAAGGAUAAAGACCACUAUAUCAGAACAAUUGAGAUACUUGGAGGGAGCACCAAGUGUACAAAUGCAAGAGAUUCCUGGAGGAUUACAAGAAUUCUUGGAAAAGAUUGAGGAGGAAGCAAAGGAUGCAAACGAGGAGAAUAACAGCGAUGUAAGAGUCAGCAGACGUCCAUUAAUCAAUAUUGAUUGA